UCUCAGUCUGAGAAUGAAUGACGACAAACAUCCGCUUGUUUAUGUGUGACAGUUUUUCAUUUAAUGGAGAAUAUGUUUCUUUCUUAUGAGAAGUAAAUACAAGCUAUAAAGAUGUUCAAUCGAUUUGCCGCGGUUCUACAUCAAGCAGUAGAAGCGAUUGCUCCAACGCAGACAUUGUUGGAGGAUUUUGUUUUUCAUUGGAAAGCAAUCACACACUACUUCAUCAAUAACAAAGAUGACAAGCAACCGGUACAGGACAGCAACAUCCCAAAUCACCUUGACAACAUGCUGGUGAUUCUGACCCAAGAAGAGGGUCAGAUGGAAGAUAACCAAACAGGGCCAUGUAUGGAGCAUCUCCUGCAACACAAGAUCCUAGAAACCUUGUGGACUCUAGGAAAGGCUGAUUGUCCACCAGGUAUGAAGCAGAUGGUUCUGAUGUUCUUCACCAACCUCUUAGGAAGGAUCAAGCAGCCUCUCCUACCUCAUAUCAACGUCUACAAACCUGUUCAUAGAUUGGUCAAGGUUUGUGGAGGGACUAGAGCCGGUCCAACCGAGAAGGAAGAGAUCCAGUUCCUCUGUGUCGUCUGCUUCAAGCUCAGAGAAGCCCCAUAUCUGGCAAACUUCUUCCUCGAGGAUCCCAGGCAAAGCAGCAGUAGGCAGAGAGGAUCUAAUAGAACCAAACCAGACCCAAGCCAAGCUGAGUUCAGUGUGGUUGACUCUCUGCUAAAGCUGGUGCAGAGUCCAGACUCUAGGAUAGCCGUGAAGGCCUGUGAGGGGUUGAUGCUGUGUGCUAGUUUACCAGAAAGCCAAGCAGCUCAAUGUAUGGUGAGAAACACUCAGUUCUGUACUCUACUAGCUGAACGACUCUGCUCACUCUACAACGCACUUCCUCUCUCUAUGGAUCCUGUGGAUAUUGAGAGCGUCGAGGCAAAGUGGGGCCUUGAUGUGAACAGUGACUCUGAUGACACCAAUAACUUUGGUGGUAAGCGUCAGUUGAUCUCUCUCCUGUCGUGGUUUGACUACUGUGAUCAGAUCAUCAAAGAAGGACAUCCCAUCAUAGGCAAGGCUCUAUCAACCCAGGUCAAAGAAAACUUCCUCGUGCCAAUCAUCGAGCAACUCCUACUCCAGACGUCAGAAGUUGGUAUUCUAACGAGUACAGCCCACCUGGCUAAGUUUGUCAAGAUGACCUCAUCUCCUCAGCUCCUGAAUGAGUUUGUCUACUUCAUCCUCGGUGAUAACACGAGCCCAGAGAAACCUGGUGAUGCGGAUCAUAAGAUUAGACAUAGACUCAUUGAGAGAUGCGAUCAUUUAUCAGAUGAGAUCUGCAUCAUGUCACUGAAACUUUUCGAAGUACUCCUCCAGAAAUCUCACGUCCACAUCGUCAAUAACUUGGUGCUACGCAAUCUCAAGACAAGAUCAUAUUUUGACCGCCACCCUCCCACACCGUCUCCACCUGCUCCUGCAUCGCCUCCUCUAUCUCCAUCUAGCCCUGGAUCGCCUCCUCAAUCUCCACUUAGCCCUGGAUCUCAUCUUGAGGCAGACCGGGGGGAGACAGCCGAAGAAUCUUUAACAGUAGACAGUGACUUGUUCUUAACAAAUGGUCCGACAAGUAUCGGUGCUGAUGAUGGGGAGAACCAUAUACCGGAGGAUGAUGAGGAGAACCAUAUACCGGAGGGUCCGCUGCUGCAAGGGGGAGAAGGGGGAGGAACUCCUCCUGUUAGUGAUCAAGAGCCUGAUACUACAAACCCUGAUUCAUUUAGUGACAGUUCUUUAGGGCUAGACACUUCACGUUCAGGUCUACCCAACUCAGUGCCUCAACCAACAUCCCUUCUACCCCCGUUAUCCGACACACCCAAUACAAACAGUGCUAUAAGUCUGACCACGCCCUUUGAUGCGACUGGAGCUACCCCCAGUCUCAUCGGGGUGGUACCCUUGUUGUUAAGUCCCGCUCCUCCACGAGGAGCUCCAACACUUGUGUCUCAGAGCUCGGCUGUAACGAAUGUGCCUUCACCGUUAACGCAACUGCUAUCAUCAACUCCAGACCCGCUGUCGUCGACCAUGCUGUUAGGGACAUCACCGUCGUUAUCUUUGACGUCGCCUAGAUCUCUAGGGUCACCACCAGGUUCUCCUACAUCUCAUGGGGAAGGAGGAGAGGACACAGACCAUAAUAUGCACAGGGUUGUCAGCUGUUUUCUAGGGUUGAUACCAGAAGAGAACAAGUCUUCCUAUCUGACCGGUGAUACGGGGUACGACAUGUAUCUCAGAGAGGCACAUCGAAAUUUCCGUGAGUGUACAGUGAACAGUCUUCCAUAUGAUUGGCCGAACUACCCGACCCCUCUUGAGCGAUGCCCUGAGUCUGACCCCUUCUACGAGGGAGGAUUCAUCAAGAUCCUCUUUGAUAAACUCUCCAGGAUGCUGGACCAGACAUACGAAGUCAACCUCCAAGUGACAUCUUUACUGGCCAAGAUUGCUCUCUUUCCUCACCCUCACAUCCACGAGUAUCUCCUAGAUCCGUUCUUAAAUACAGCUCCAGGAUGUAGGAAUCUACAUAGUGUGUUGCAAAAGGUUGUGAAUGAUCUUAGUGUAAGAGUAAGGUCCAUCCCUGAGUUUCAGAAGCAGCUGUUCCUGGUCAGGCAGCAGCUCAUGGGCAUUGUGGAGGAGCAAGACAGGAGUGGAGCAAGUGCCAUAAUGAACUUGCCGUACAUUGAUUUAUUAGAAGGUGUCAUUGUCCUAGAAGAGUUUUGUAAGGAGCUAGCAGCCGUCGCCUUCGUCAAGUUCCACGCAGCAAGUGGGCGAUAAUCAUCUCCUUCAGGCUUAAUGGCUGCUCGGCUCGCCCACAGGAUUGCAACAAACUGUGGAUGAACUUCUUAGUAGGGAUGUUGUCGCCAUGGUAACAGAUGGUGGGCUAGAUGAUGAUCUGAGACACCAGCUCCCGGGAUGGUAUGCACAAAACGGAAUGGAAGAAAGGAAAGUCCAGACCAUGAACUCAGGGAUGCUUCCUUACCAUUGUCAAGGAAAAAGAAGUGUCAGAUAACAUCUCAUUAUUUUUUUAUUCAAUUUCAAAGUUUGCUCAAUUCCCAGUUGUUGAAGAAGUGUGCAUUUACUUUUGGAAGUCAUCUAUUAGAUUAUAGAAGCAUACACCUAACCAUGUUCUCAAUUAAAGAUACCUUCAAUGUUGUAUGUUCAAUAUAGACAUGCCAAUGCCAAAGGUUGAAUAAUUUGAAACUUAUUUGACCUGUAUCUUGAAAGUUUGGGUGCAAUCUGUAACUACCCUUCAGCAAAACACUUUUUGGCGAGUAUUGGGGCGUUAAUUUGCUUAAUACUUUGAUGACUGAAACAUGUUGUUGUGUAUAUUUGGAGAAUCGUCUCAAGAUUCAGAUUUAGAUAUAGAAGAACAACACUGGUAAAGAGUCCUUGCAAAGUUUUUUUUGUUCUUUUGGUUAAAUAUGCAUAUCCCAAGCAGGAUGUUAUUGCAAUGAUACUGCCCAGACAGUGAAGCUUUAAAAUAUAUCUCUGUCAAUGUAAGAAGAGAAGAAAUGUGAAAAAAUGGUAAACGAAGGCUAGCACUAGCAACGUGGUAUACAAGAGGUUAUGACAUAUAGCAACGUCAGGUUCUAGUCAUGAAAUGACAGGUUUGAAAAACAGUGACAGGUUAGCAUUCAUUUUCAAGCAAAAAUGUAAAUUAACUGUAAGUCAUGAAAUUGUUUGAAAAUGCUUCAGUUUAUAGCUCAGAUUGCACCAGAGAACAUCAAGAACCCUACAGGCCAGCCUUCGGGAUUUCACACUUCACCCACAUCAGUCCAUACUCCUUCUAGUAUGCAAAUUCUAAGUGUUUGAUCGUUUGUUUGUGAACAGAACCUAUUACAGGUUCAGAAGAAAUUUUGUAAUUAGGAAUGCAUGUGUUUGUGUCUGUGGGUAUUUGGGUUGGAUGCCAAAUCGGUCGGAUACAAGAUUGCAAUCAGUAUUGGAACUCAAUAAUCUUUUGCUAAUGUUUAAAUUAUGUAGCUACUCCUGUCUGGCUCGAAAAUAGCUUGCCUGGGGAGAAAAAUAUUGGAACUUAAUAACCUUCCACUGUUUAAAUUAUGUAGCUAAUCCCAUCUGGUUUGAAAUUAGCUUGCCUGGGAAACAAAUUAUUGAAAAGAAAUCUCUGUUGCAUUAUGUAAACAUCCUAAGGACACACCCAAAUAUAAAUAUUUUUGUUACCAAUAACAUUCUCUCAAAAUGGCAAGAUCAUUUAUUACUGAGCAAGUUUGUAGCGCUCUUUACUUGAGCCCAUGCUAUUCAGCAAACAUUUAUGGUACCCAAGACCUUUACAAAACAUCCUGAUAAUAUUAAAUGAAAUCAAAUGAUGAUUUAUUUCCGAAGAUUUUGUUAAUGAUAGCUUUGAGAUAGCUCAAGAUCGGUUGACAUUUUUUAGACCCCUCCCCAGGACGUCGAUCAAUGACAUGUAUGUGCCCCCCCCCCCCAAACAUCAAACUCUGGCUACGGCCCUGGUUGGAAGAAUGAAUAUCUGUGUGUCCAUUCAAGUAGUCUCACCAUAUUCAUCACAAGAACCAUUUAAAGGACAAGUUACAGUCAUGGCAUUCCAUUCAUUUGAAAUUGUGUCGCAAUAUACCUUUGAUCUGUUUAGAUAGCAAGGUCAUAUUGGAUGUGUUAAAAGAUGACUUUAUUAUCAGUAAAGACACAUUUAUCAUAGUAUGGGCAGAGGAAUACUGCCAAGUGGCAUUCCUUUUAUGAAGUCAAUUUACAUCAUAGAUAUGUCCCUGGGCCCUAUUUCACAAAACUUGUCAUCAGUGACAAAUGACAGUUUUUUUGUUAAAAGCUAGUGAAAUCCUUGCUUCUGAUUGGUUAUCAGCAGGUUUGUCACUGAUUUUUGUCAUUUAUCAUUGAAAAAAGGCAUUGUGAAACAGGUCCCUGGUCGUAUUAAUCCAGAUAUAUAUUUCUGGCUUUGGGGGAGGACACCCACACAUGCUUUGGUAAUGUUUGAGGCUUAGCCGAGCAAGGCAAGAUUAGCAUAGAGGUGAAACAGAGGUAACUACUGAAAUAUAGAUGAAUGCUUAGCAUGUUUGUACACUGUAGCAGCCUGUUUGGGUGCAGUAUGUUAUAGAUUAAGGUAUGGGGCCCUCUAUUACCGGUGGGUUAGUAUUAUUUUGUUGAAUGGGCUUGUAUGUGGAAGGAAGACCUCCAAAGAUGUGAUGUAGCAGGAACAUCAUGGAGCAUACAUGUACAGUAUGAGUAGGUAUUAAUCAUUUUUUUUAAGGAUCAGGUGCUUUGAGCGGAACAUUUUAGAGAGUGUUGUGGUAUAAGGUGUUAUUUGGUGUACAUCUUGGAGGAUAAUGGUGUUAUGAGGUGUGCAUUAUGGAGGAUAAUGUGGUGUAAUGUAUGGAUCUCAGACAGUAAAGUACCUUAAUUUUUUUCCCAGCCAAAUUGUUAAUAGUUUCUCCAAAGUACUAGCAUUUCAAGCUGUGCUUGUGGAAGGAAUAAAGUGUCGUAACAUACAUAGUUUUACUUAUGAAAAAGCCAGAUUUAACAAAAUCAAAGCAUAUUCACCAGGUUACAUUUUUUAUUUUAUACACCUCCAUUCGCUAACUAAGUAUUUUGUAUGAUUCACAGACUCCUUGACAACUUAGAACCCAAAUGUGAAUGCUGUAUAUCCAAGUAUGUCAAACCCUACACAUAAACUCGUAAAAUCCUUACAGCUCAAUCUAAUAUUUUUCUAAUUAUGUUUCUUUUUCAUUUGAAAUGAGUGAUGCACAGAGCAAGGUGUUAUUUUAUAUGAGGAGUUUAUAAAUAAUCAUUGUUGGUAAUUUAAGUUGUAAACUGAAAUGGUAGACUUUUAUAUUAUCAUGACAGGUCUUGGAUAUAUUGAUGGAUAUGCUCCUAACCCACUCAUUCUGUGAUACUACAAUGCAUGAAGCAAUAGUUAACCCUGGGAGUAUCGCAGGUGGUUUUCAUAACCCACAUUCUGAUAAAUAUCUUGUAAUACAUGAAAUUGAAGAAAGCUUGUUUUAUAUCUUGAAAUUGAAGUAGGUUAAUCUUAGUAGUUAUACAAGUUUGUAGACUGGAUGUCUCCAUUAAAGCCUUGUUCAGAUGUGCAUUGGUAAACCACCAGGUUGUCCACAAAAAAAGUUAUGAUGACUUAAAGAGUAAUGCACUUCACAUUCUUAUCGUAUAGAACAGAGCUAUAAUUGAUAAAGAGUGAAAAUGCGUAAGACGUUUGAUGCACGCAGCUUCCAUUCAUUCAAAAGUACAGCGUUGUACCGCAUCAUAUAUGAACGAGCCUUAAGGGUUUGUUAAAGACGAGUCAGGGUCUGGUGAAGUUGAAGAUUAAAAAGUUAGAUUUCCUUAAUUCAUCAUAUUUUAUAUACACCUUGAAGGAAAGGACAUGUCCCCUAAAUGUUUGUUGUGGAAUGUCUAAUGUCAAUAUUUGUAAUAACUGGUCCCACUGAUUGACUUACAUGUAGCAAUGCAAUUGACUACUUAAAGCCUAUCUGCACUAGUUUGUCCAGGAGGGAUUAGACCCCUCAGCAUGGUCACUGGCAGGUGGUGAUCUCAUCAAAUAAGCUCUCAAUUAACAUAAGAAAAAGGGAACCAUGGGGGAUCAACAUGUACCGCUUAGGCAUUGUUUGCUAUAUAGAGGGCGCAAGUAGCUAUAAGUAGUGCGGUGGGGAUUUAAUAUCAGCAGUAACUAUUGAACCGAGAGCAAAGUGGCAUUGAGCCCUCAGCAGUCCCUAAACUUACAUUGUAUUAAUAUGUUAAUGAUUCGACCUAUCAAAGGUGCCCUCAAGAGAAAGGUCUGUGUUUUUCUCAUUUAUAUGGAAAUGAAAUUAUAAACCAGAGAUUAGAAUUCUCAAUUAUAGUCAAAGGCAAAAGAGAAAGGGCUUUGAAUCAGGACAUCAGCAAAGUUAGAUCUUCAAGUAAUGAACUAAUGAACUCUGUCCGUCAAUUAUAGCUCUUUUUAUUUUAUAGUUCAGUUUCAUUCUCUAUGAUUAAAUCGGCCUGAUUCGGGUUGCAAAAUUAGGGGAAAGGCAAUAAAUAGAUUUUGAUUGUAA